UUUUGUGGGUGGAUAUUUCGGUGUUUGGUAUUACGACGCGCUCCCACGAUGAAAAUAUUUUUUGAUCUUAUUUUUUUAAAUAUUUUAUUAAAUUUUAUUUAUUUUUUAGAAAUGUCAAGAAGACGCACAGCUUUAUUUUUAAUUUUAUUUUUAUAUACUGCUCAACUAAUUUUUGUUUUUGGAGAAGUUGUAACGCUAGCAGUUGGUGCUGGGGCAGUGAGUGCUCUUGGAAUGUUUAUUGGAGAUUUUGCUGGAAUUUAUUCUUUUGCUAAAUGCAAAUUUUUUGAAUGUUGCAAUUCUCCAUGGAUUAAUAAAGAUGUUGCUCGAAGAUUGCAAGAAGAAGUUGAAGAAAGGCUUUAUGGUCAACACAUUGCGCAAAAAAUUGUAAUUAAUGCUGUUCGUGCACAUAUUUCUAAACAAAACCCAAACAAAGCAUUAGUUUUAUCAUUUCAUGGUUGGACAGGCUCAGGAAAAAAUUAUUUGACACAAAUGAUUGCAAAAGCUGUUUAUAAAAAAGGAUUUAAAAGUCAAUUUGUACAUUUUUCUGUGGCAACUUUACAUUUUCCGUAUCCUGAAGAAAUUAAUAAUUACAAGAGGCAAUUGAGAAGUUGGAUUUCCGGAAAUUUAACACAAUGUGAACGGUCGCUAUUCAUAUUUGACGAAGCAGAUAAAUUGCCUUUACAGUUACUUGAUGCUAUUGUCCCUUUUGUUGAUUUUUAUGAUAAUGUUAAUGGUAUUGAUGCAAGAAAAAGUAUUUUUAUAUUUUUGAGUAAUGGAGGUUCUAAUUUAAUUGCUCAACAUGCACUAGAAUAUUACAAGAGGGGACUGCCUAGAGAACAAAUGACGUUUAAAGAAUUGGAAGAAUUAAUGCAAUUAAGUGCUUAUAAUGAAGGAGAAGGUGGAUUAAAAAUGAGUAGAAUAAUAAGUAAACAUUUAAUUGAUUAUUUUGUACCAUUUCUUCCAUUGGAAAGAAGGCAUAUCAUUAUGUGUUUUAGAGAUUAUUUACAUUCAAAAAAUAUUGUUUAUACACAAGAACAAUUGGAAAAUUUGGCUGAUCAAAUUUCGUAUUUCCCAAAAGACACCCCAAUAUUUUCAACUUCUGGAUGUAAACAAAUUGAAAGAAGAGCAGAUUUUAUGUAUGCUGAAGUUAUUAGAGAACAACAUUUUUUAGCGAGUCAAUAUAAUGAUGAAAUUUGA